AUGGAUUGCUGUUUCUCUUUGACAGGGUUUCUUCACUUAUCAGUCUAUGGCAAAGGCAACACCUUCCUUGAGGGUCAUCUGGACAUUUCAGAGUCUUCACUUAGCGACCAGUGGAGAAGUCUGUCGUUCUGUCCUUCUCAUUCAGGAGAUGACUCGAUGGAAAAACGCCUCACGCUCUCAGGAACACCCGGGGUGGGUUUCACAGUGGAAGCAUCUCAAGACAAUGGGGCAGGCCUCGAUGACCCUAAAGAGUUCGAAAUAAAUGAACGGAAUACUGUAAAUGUCUUUCAGUUUAUCCCUCCUAAAGACAUCUCAAAGACGCAGCUUGGUAUAACGGUUACUUCCAACUCGGAUGUCCCCGCUUACUUGAAAGUUUCCCGAAACUGUCUAGACGUUAAGGACAACAUCAGACUUGUGGAUUAUAAGGGCGAGUCUAUUCGUCUUACUUUUGCGAGGAAAGGACGUAUCACUUUAUCCAAGGCAUCUAUUCCUUCUCUGACCGACUCAGCAAGCUGGUACGUUGGUAUUGCCCUAAAUAACGCUGCAGGUACAACGCCAUUAAAUGCAAGUAAAACUGGAACUUUGACAUUGACAAAAUCAUUUGAUUACUCGUAUGAAAAACCCAUGUUCAUUAUAGUGCUGCUACCCCUUAUUCUUGGUGGCCUUUUUGCUGUUUGGGCUGUGUAUUGUUUCAAGGAACCUCACAUUAACCCAUUUAAAUCAAUAUGUUGUCCAGCAACUUGGGGCGAAGUCGUCACAGCCAUGUGGAACGUCAUGAAGUACCACUGGUUUGCAGGAAGGCCCAAAACGUUCUCUUACAUUACAUGCAUUGUCGGUUGCGUCUUGAUGGUGGGAGCUUUUCAGUUUGUUUAUGCAGAUUGGUAUUUGAUGAUUCAAGAAGGCGAUAGAGACCAUUGUUACUAUAACGACUUUUGUUACAGGGUAUCAAAUAGCGAUAUUCCGUUCAAUUUGAUGAGUAGCAAUUUUGCAUAUAUAGUGCAUGCCUUUAUUUUAGCAUUGUCUGUCUGGUACAUGGAGGCAGAAGUACUAGCCCGUUCCGAGGGACGCAAAAAGGACUUUUCCUUUUCAAUAGGUUACGCUUUUGCGUGGGCGUUGCUUUUCGAGGGGUUGUUUUCAACGCUUUAUCAUCUUUGCCCAAGUAAGAUCACAUUCCAGUUUGAUACGGCGUUUAUGUUCGUCAUUUCAGGUUUGAUUGUAGUUGUAAUGUAUAAUGGCAUUGAGAUGAAAAACGGCCAGGAAGAUGAAGGUAAUGUGGGGGCAACAAAUUUCUUCCUUGUUUUUAUUGUCCCACUUUAUAUUUUAAACUAUCUCGGUUCACUGAAUCACUCAAACGAAGGCCUUAUCCCAACGGCGGCCUGGGCCGUACCCCUUGCCCUUUGGUGCUUUAUUAUUGUUAACUGGGUUGGCUAUAAAUUGUAUUUUGACGAUUGGAAAUCGUGUAUUUGUAAAUGCAAGCGUGAAGGGAAGUGUAUUGGCCUCACGAGUGGUGUGUGCAUAGCAGUCCUUCUGCUAUGUUUGUUCGCGAUUUUCGAUAGCCUUCCACAAGCGCUUCUUAUUACUUGUAUUGUAGAAAGCGUAGUCGUUACUAUUGCGAAAGUCUCUUGUGGCAACUGCUCUAUGCGUGAGUUUAAAGGUUGUUGUAAAUGUGAACGUCGUUCUUGGAAAUGUUUUUUCAGUUACAUCUAUGUUUUGAUAACCGCGGUGUUUUUAGGUUUCGCGUUGGUAAUGUUUCUGGCCUUGCCAACAACAGAUAAAGCAAAGACUCCUGAGGAAUCUCGCAAUAAAAACGAAGAAUGCAUAUGGCUCGGUUUCUUCGACUACCACGAUCUCUGGCACAUUUCGUCUUCAUUUGCUCUGCUGAUGGGAGCACACCUUCUGAUGUAUGCCAGCUAUACUGCUCCCAGCUGA